AUGGGGACCAUCGUUGUAGACGUUCACGCGGGUCCGUCAAAAAAUCACGGCAAAACUCCGCAUCAUCAUGAGAUAAAACAGAUAAUUUGUUCGCCUGGUAUAAAAUACAUUGCGACCCUGAGCAGGGAAGACAUGAGAAUUGUGAUUUGGUCCGUUGAGGAAGAAGAGAGAAGGCCAAAACCAUCCGAGAUCUUUGAAUUCAGGGAAUUGGACGAAUGGGCAAACUUCCCUGCUUUCGAUGCCCUCUCGUUUUACUUCGAAUUCCUUUCAUUGCACGAAAUCUCGGAUGGAAAACUUUUGAUCGUGGAUUCACGUCCUGACACUGCUUACGAAAUGUUUGACGUCGUGAGGAAGCAGCAUGUCACCGUUCCAACCCAAGAACACAAAGGAGGAUGGCACUUCCUGAAAGACGGUCAUUUCGUGACUUACAAUGAAUACGAACUUUGCUUGUAUACCAUAGUGAACGGAUAUUCCGAGACAUUCCUUAUGUUAGAGCAUGUUAUCGUCAACAGCCAACCCACGUUGACGCGAAUCAUUACGCCACAAGGCAAAUUGAUACAGGUUGACAACAGUCAUUAUUUAUCGUUGUGGGAUAUCAGAACGGCAGUGCUGGAACAACAAUUUGAUGAUCGAAACUACAGGCAUCUAAUUAAGGUCGACAUCAACGACGACAGCACGUUGAUAGCAUUCAACAGGAUGAAGGAUGGGAAAAAUGGCGAGUUGACGAUGUAUUCCACAAAAACGGGCAUGCAAUUGUCAUCGCAUAGUUCCAAGGGUGAGUUCAUAGACAUUCACUUUGGCGUGAUGCAUCAAGAUUGGCUUGUCGUUCCGAGGUAUGACACGAAGGGAAACGAUAACGACAAUCCCUACGACUCUAAACCCAUCAUUGGACUUCUCAUAAUGAAUCCUUAUGCGAUGGACGAAUCCGUGGAAGUCCCAUUCGACUCGAUCUCGGGUUCACGCGGGUUAGAUCCAAAGUUGGUUAAAGGAGAUAAGUUGAUUGGUGUCGUUGAGGGAUUGCCGCAAGUCGAAGAUAUUUUCACGGAGAAGGUCAGUGGCAACCUGAGAUUCAACACCCACUUCAUGAUAAAAGAAAUAGAGCCCAUCGUCUCCGAAAUAAGGCACGGUCCGGAUUCAAGAAAUGAAGAGCAUAUCGGAAAGCGAAUCAAAUGGAGCAUACGUACACCCGAUGAUGUUGAAAAUGCGCCUCCGAUAGUAUCCGCGUUCAAACUCGAUGAUACGACUCAAUCGUGGAAUCCUUUCGGCUCUCCUUUAAUCAUCGAGAUCGAAGAUUACGAGCUACUUUUAUACAUACACCUGUCAUCUCGUAUACUACCCAAUGAUGAUUUGAUCAUUUCCACCCAUGCCCUCACGAUGGUGUUUACCGUCGACCCGGAAGGCAACAUACGAAUGGUCUAUAGCUGGAAUACGCCAGACGAUCUGAUUGGAUUCGCAGAUCGGAUCGAUUAUUUUGAAAAUAUCAUGGAACGAGAAAACCUUGUCAUGAAGUACCAAGACGGUAGAACGAUUCAGCCCUUUAAGGAAAUGAUCAAUGUUUUCUUGACCGAUAUUCCAACCUUCUCUUCGUAUUCGCAUGCCAUUUUACGUGCUUCUCUCAAACUCAAUAAAGAUGAGAUCGUGGAGCAUAUCGUCGAUAAGUCCUUACAGCACUUUUUUGAAAACCGGCAGAACAUCAACAGCCUUAGCAUGGUUACGAGGUCAUUUUCGGAGAUCUUUAAAUUCAACUCUGAUUACACUUCCAGGAUUAUCGCCGCGAUCAACAAGACGAAAACCGAACGACAGUCGUCCGAACCUUUUCUUAAUGGCUACACCUAUGACAAUGAUCUGCGCUUGCUGUCAUUUUCCUCGAGGAUUUCCCUGUUGUGGUACGACCUGGUAUUGAUCCUCAGUCCAUACCGAUGGUUCCUCUUAAUCUAUCGUGUGUUCUUCAAGGAAACUCGUACGGCAAAACCGUCCACCGAAUUUAUCAUUCCUCUGCCGAAAUUCGCUUCUUACCCGGGGGAAUGUGAUCCUCUCAGGGAAGUUGUGUGGAGACCCGAAUCAAAUCAGUUUGUCAAAUUUCGAGACCCCGAAUUCUACGAGGAUUGGAAUGGAGAGCCACCGAACCCUCCGACUUUGACUUUUCCGCUUACCAAGUAUUUCUAUUAUGGAUUUCAAUCCUAUUGGGUCUCUCACAAUUGA